CUGCAGUGUUACUGGUGUUCAUUCGACCAAUACCUACCGCAGUGUUGUGCACACGCCCCUGCUACCGCAUAUCGAAGCAUGCUUCACCCCCGAAAUGUCUUACUCGCAGCAAUGGCGCUGUGGUUGGGCGCAAUUGGUGCGUUAGCCUUCGUCGUGGUGGCUCCACACUCCUCUCUGUCAGCCUUCUCGAAACAUGCGUCUCGCCAACCUCAUGAGCACCACCUCCUGGGCUACCGCAACGCUGGCGCUAGGAAGGCGCGAGGGGUCCAAGGCCUGUCAGCUUCGAUACCGAGUGACCUGAAAGGAAGGGAAAGACUGGAAAAGUUCUUGGGCGAUUGUGCGCUACUCGGCCCUACGCGCUUUGUUUCCGUAACUGACGGCGCUAUCCUGGAGGCUGUAGGGUCGUUUGAUAAUCUCCGGUACACCGAUCUUCCCAAGGGCAGGUACGCUACCGUUUCCGAAGGCAAGGGGUUCGAGUGCCACCUCAACUGCGACAAAGUCAAGAGUAUCAAGAUGGUGACGAAGCAGAGUCCUGCCGGAUCGUUCGACUUGUACAUCACUCGUUUCGUGGACGAGGAUGGAAACACGCUGCUCUCCGCAAUGCUGCACGGCGUGGAUGGCGCGUACGAGCCUGGGGCCGCCGACUACUGGGAGAAGCUGAGGAAGACCUUCGGAGAGGACCAAAUCGUUGCGUAGAUUCCGUUUACUGGCGGGUUUUUCCCGAAAUAGGGGUAGAGAAGGCGGUGCAGAUUGCGGGCAGGCUCUUGUACCUUGACGGGCUUGGGAAGCGCAGGGUGUGGGUAGAGAAGAUCUUCCUGAUGCCGCUGCAUAGUUUCGACGAACCGAUAUUGCUGUCCGCCGCAUGAGAUCACCUCGGAAGCUCAAUCUCUUGGAGAUGUUGGGCGGUGCGCGACAGAAGCAAUAGUUGAUGUACCAUUUUGAGGACAACUCUGCAUGGCAAAGCGCUGGUGAUUAUUGCCACCAUUUUUUUGCAGGAAAACGCUUGAGUAUCAAGCCCAUCGCUGGGUGGGUAUCAUGAUGUUUUUGUUUGCCAAGCAACCUUUCUUUUCGUGUAGUGACGUGUCGUACGAUUUCAACGUAUAAGUGCUACCAGCAAAGACAGUGCUCACAACACCAGAUAUGGCAUUCCGGCGAAUGUGUUUGUAUGUGUUCGUCCCAUCCUUUCCGGCGCCUACCAAUUCGGUAUAUGAGUUUGACGUAUCAGCCGGGGUCACACAGGAGCUCUCGAACGAGAAAGGGGCCUUCGAUCCCUCGAGAAAGUAGGCAUAUUGGUAUGGUAGCUAUCACACCCGGAGUAGCUCGCGACAAAUGCGAACGAAAGAAAGCAAGGACAGCCGGCUGGCGGCGCUUCGGGGUUGAGCUCUUUCGCAGCAACAAGGGGCUUGACAUGCUUGGUUCCAAGACUUUUGACGUGAAUGCCCUCGAGUUCGAAAUAGAGCAAACGAAACCAGAGCCGACACCCUAGACAAACCGUGUGUCACGCUGCAGGUUGGGAUGUAUACGUAGGCCACUCUGAGGAAGCGGCAUGGUGAAGCCGUGAAUACUUAUC